UGGCAGACAUCGCGCGUGACGCUCCGAGCCGGCGCGCCACACCCACACGGCGGGGGCAGAAGUGGGCCCGGCCCGGCCCCCACCCACCCCCCGGUGGUGCUCCCUCCUCCUCCUCGCUCGCUCGCUCCACCGUAGCCACCGCGUUCGCUCGCUCCACCGUAGCCACCGCGUUCGCUCGCUCCGCUCGCUGUCUCCGGCUUCGCUGAGAUCGGGCCGACGCGGAUGACGACUUGAAUGGACGAGGACGCGGACGAGAGUUUCGUGGCCCGAGACUGAGAGACGCGGGUCGGGCAAGAAGAGAGCGCGGAGUCGAGUGGAAGUCUCCCGAGACCACCUACCUCCCUCCCCACCACCACCACCAACCAUCACCACCACCACCACGACCCCUCCUGGUGCCGUCAAGUCUUCCAGGUGCUGAUGGGGGACCCCCUUCACGCGGAGCUGCGCGCGUUCCCGUUGUGUUUGUAAGCGACGUGGAGUUCCGUAGGGACCGACGAGAUGCUUCAGCAGGUGUCCCAGGCGAUGUCCGUAGAGACUUGAGGGUCGCGCGCCGAAGGUGAUUUACGUUGUUCAUGGCCACGUAGCGUGAGAUAGGCCAUAGACGUCGGUGCCCUGUUGAGGCCACAUCGGAGCCAUGGAACCUCUAAAGGGGAUUUUCUCUCGGACCAAAAGUUUCCGCGAUUCGCUGCGCAAUAACGAUUCUCAGCAGCAGCAGCAACAUCAACAACAACAGCAGCAUCCACAGCAGCAACAGGAGCCAUAUAGCUGUACCAACCCACUUUGGACGGCCGUGUUUGACUACGAGGCGAGUGCCGAGGACGAGUUGACGCUGCGUCCCGGCGACAUGGUGGAGGUGCUCUCCAAGGACUCGGAGGUGUCUGGCGACGUGGGCUGGUGGACGGGCAAGCUCAACAACAGGGUGGGCAUCUUCCCCAGCAACUACGUGACGUGCAGCAAGUCUCGGGGCAGCUACGCGAAGCUGCACAACGAGAGGGCCCCGGGUUUGUUCGCGGAUCCUCCGGUGGAGGUGGACUUCGCGGAGCUCUCCCUGGAGGAGAUCAUUGGCGCCGGAGGCUUCGGCAAAGUCUACAGGGGCACGUGGCGCGGCGAGGAGGUGGCCGUGAAGGCCGCUCGCCAGGACCCCGACGAGGACAUAAGCGUGACGAUGGAGAACGUGAGGCAGGAGGGAAAGCUCUUCUCCAUGCUGAGGCAUCCGAACAUCAUUGCGCUGAAGGCCGUGUGCCUGCAGGCGCCCAACCUGUGCCUCAUCAUGGAGUACGCGCGCGGAGGCGCUCUCAACAGGGCGCUGGCGGGACGUCGAAUCCACCCGCACAUCCUGCUCGACUGGGCCGUGCAGAUCGCCCGCGGCAUGAAGUACCUUCACGACGAGGCCAUCGUCAAUAUCAUCCACCGUGACCUCAAGUCCUGCAAUGUCCUGCUGCAGGAGCGCGUGGAGAACGACGACCUGGAGGCCAAGACGCUGAAGAUCACUGAUUUUGGGCUGGCCCGCGAGUGGUACAAGACGACGAUGAUGAGCGCGGCCGGAACCUACGCUUGGAUGGCGCCCGAGGUCAUCAAGUCGUCCACCUUCUCCAAGGGCAGCGACGUCUGGAGCUACGGCGUGCUGCUGUGGGAGCUGCUGACGGGCGAGGUGCCGUACCGCGGCAUCGACGGGCUGGCCGUGGCGUACGGCGUCGCCGUCAACAAGCUCACCCUGCCCAUCCCUUCCACCUGCCCGGAGCCCUUCUCCAAGCUCAUGACCGAGUGCUGGGACCCCGAUCCGCACUCGCGACCCCCGUUCUCACGCAUCCUCGACGAGCUGGUGGCCGUGCAGGAGUCGGGCAUCUUCCACAUCCCGCAGGAGUCCUUCCACUCCCUGCAGGACGACUGGAAGCUGGAGAUCCAGCACAUGUUUGACGAGCUGCGCGCAAAGGAGAAGGAGCUGCGCACGCGGGAGGAGGAGCUGAUGCGCGCGUCGCUGCAGCAGAAGUCGCAGGAGGAGCUGCUCAAGAGGCGCGAGCAGGAGCUGGCCGACCGCGAGAUCGACGUGCUGGAGCGAGAGCUGCACAUCCUCAUCCACCACAUCUACCAGGACAAGCCGUGCGUCAAGAAGCGCAAGGGGCACUUUGCGCGCGCGCGGCUCAAGCUCAGCAAGGACGGCAACCGCAUCAGCCUCCCCUCAGACUUCCAGCACAAGAUCACGGUGCAGGCGUCCCCCGACCGCAGGAUAAGCGUCGACACCCCGCCCGGCAGCCCCGCACUCAUUCCCCGCUUGCGCGCCAUCCACCUGUCCGGAUCGAGCGGGGCGAAGCUGUGGGGCCGCAGCGCAGGCUCGCCGAGAAAGGAAGACGAUCGCAGGAACGGGGACAAGAAGGGGCGAGGGAGGGGAGGCGUCCCUGGGCCUCAGAGGGAGAGGAGCAGCCUGGAGGACAGGAUAGACGAGAUUGGGAGAGAAUCUCCUGAUGGGGUGCUACAGACGGAGGAGAGCGAAAGUGACGGCAGCAGACUCAAGCCUGUGGCGAAUGGGAUCAAGGUGAGCCCAGGAGAACUCCCAAAUCCCCGGCAGCUGCUGCGAGGAGUCCAGUCUUCGCCCGCAACGCCCAGCGGCUCUCGCGAAACGGGUGAUCGGAACGUCAGGAGGACAAAGCAGAUCAUCCGGCGCCCGAAUCUCUCCUGCCUCAACCUCUCCUCGCGCCACGGCGGCACGAGCGAUGAGUCCACGAGUGAUGACGACCUUGAGAAAACCGCGGUCGCCACCGCAACCGCAGACGAUGACGACGAUGUUCCCGGGGCCACGUGCGAUUCCUCGGGCAGUGCCACCCCGCACGACACCCCGCACGACACCCCGCGACACACGCCGCGGCACACGCCGCGACACACCCCACCCGACGUCCUGCCCCCGGUCCACCAGGUCUCCAAAGACAAGGAGCACCGCAGUGGAAUAGCGCUGUUCGGUUGUGCCGCGGUGCUGUCGGUGGUGGCCCUCGGUGAGGACGUGCGUCACGCUGGGCGCAUCCCGCCCGCUUCCCAGCAGCAAGAGCGCAAGCGAGCAGCGUUUUUCCAGCGCGCGGGGCUGUUCCGUCGCAGCGCGGGAAUGUCCGUGCAGUGGAGGAAGUCGCCACGGGAGGGCGGCGGGGUCAACGGUCCGCAGGGGUCGCCCUCGUCGUCCCUCUCCAUAUGCAACUCGACGCGCUCCUUGCUGCGCUCGGACAGCGAGGACACGACGCACUGGCCCCACUGGCCGGAGGGGUCACCGAUGUCGUCGCAGGUCACCCCUGGCUCCCCGGCCGACCCGCUGUGCGCCAGCCUGCACUUUGAGCCGGCGGUCAGAGGCCACCAGCGGAAUGCGUCUGACAGCACCAUCACUGACGUUUCGCUCGAGCAGCCGGUGUCAAACGGCGUGUGCAUCUCCUACCAAGCUUUACCAGAACCGGCGACAGUGCUGAUACUGAGCCCACCGCCGCCGGCGGGACACCCUUCGUCCCCGGAGCGGCCCCGCACGCUGGCGCUCACCGCCAGGCCACGCCCCUCGCCGGCGCUCGCUCACCGCGAUCCCUGGCGCGUCGUCUCCUCGGCGACGACAAUUCUGGACCCGGCGUCCGGCCAGAGCUCCGGCUCCGACACGCCCACCAACCCCUGGCCGGAGCCGCUGGGCGCCAAGUGGCUCGCCGCGAGCGACGCGGAAGAGCGGAGAGAGCCGCCGCCGCCGCCGCCGCCGCCACAGCCACAGCCCCGCCGCCCCCCCUCGGAGAUCGCCACCCUCCUGGACAUGGACGUUGACGGCCAGAGCAAGGACGGCACCGUACCGCUGUCGGUGCGCCUCAACGCCUUGCGGAAGGACCGCCCCAUAUUUUACGAGCUCGAAAGACAGUUCCUUGGACAGUCGUAACCUUUUUAAACGCGAGUGGUGUUUUUGCAAGGAGGCGCAGGUGUUCAGACUCAUCCUCGCGAGUCAAACGCAGUUCGUACGCAUGAGGCAGGGCUCGGUAAUUUGCAAAGAUAACUGCGAAAUGGGAUGCGCAAGUCUGCUUGACAAGUAUUGCGUCUGUCGGCGUUCCCUAUACUGGGGAGAAAGCAAAAUGCUUCCGGGUCACCUUUGAAAAGCCGACCCUUUGUUCAAGAUUGGUUUUAUGUAUGCGUGUGUACAUAAAGAGGGACUACAGUUCUUGUUGGAUAGAGAUCUUGGAGACGAAACAUUAUCAUUCCCUCAACAGACAUUGACGAGACGGACGCUGCACAAGGGAAAUUGUCACGUGGUCUCGUUACGUCUAUCACAGCUGUUACUGCCUGCGCGUAAAAGGGUGCUAUGCAUCACAUCGCAGAAAUACUUCAUCUCAGCUUUGGCUGCGCUAAUGACCUUCGGGAGCAAAUUAAAAUAUCAGUACGAAACUCCUAUUUAAAGGGCUUUCUCUGCACAACCAAAUACACAUGGGCGUAUGAUGUCUCGUUUAACAUGCACAAGGCUUUUUUUUUUCUCUUGAGGAUGCUGGAUUGGAUAUGUGUAAAUGUGUAAAAAGUAAAAAAAAACAAU